AUGUAUUUAUAGGUAGCUGAAAGAUUAUUGAAAAAAGAAAUUCUGAGUCGGGAAGACAUGAUUGAACUUUUAGGCAAGAGACCCUUCCCUGAAAAAUCUACAUAUGAAGAAUUUGUAGAAGGUACGGGUUCCUUCGAAGAAAAUACACAAUUGCCAGAAGGUCUUCUAGGAUGGAACAAAGAGCAGCAGGCGAAAGACAAAAAGGGGCCUGCUGAAAUAUCCACCGAAAGCAAAAACCCUCCAGCGUGAUCAAAUUUGGCCAGAACACUCACAGUAGUAGUAGCGAGAUAAAUGAAUGAUAUAAAUAUAUACCUGUGUAUAUAUUAAUAUUGAAAUGUAUAGAAGUUAAAUACAUAACCUCAAAUAUAUAUCUAUAUUUGUAUAUAUGUAUGUAUAUUUAUAUAUUAAUAUAUUUAUAUAUUUUUUAGAUUUUUUUUUGUUUUUAGCUUUUAGAAUAGAUUUAUGAA